UAACAUUGGAAAUAUAGAUUUCCGCUUCCGAUUUCCCUUGCCCUGUGCCCUCCGAAAUCGAAUCAUUUGCGUUUCAUUUUCCCUUCAAACGUAUGCAUUAAUUGAUUGGAUGCCAAAUUGCGCCGCCAAAGCUAUCGAGGCUGUACUGCAUUAGAUAAGAAACCACCUACCGAUAAGAGGCUAUCACCACACAAGAUGCAGUCGAAUGUGGAAAAUUCGGUUUCAGAUUCCUCCGUUCGGAUCGAUCCCAAUCUGAUGCGCCCAACGAAGCCAACGACGGAGACGGAAACGGACAGUGAACAGGACGAGAUAAUAACAAACAAUAACCAUUACAACCGGCCUGUGCAGCAGUACCCAGUGUGCAAUGCGUUUCAGGUAACCCGUUAUCGUCGAAAGCUGUGCUUAUACACGCAACAAAUGAGAAUGCAACCGUACUACGUGCCCCACCGGACGCGCACGAAAAGUGAAAACUCGGAUCUACCGCUAUCGGCUGGCCCCGAAACGGCAACGGACGCUGGGCCGCCCAGUUUGCCCAACUCAACGUUGAUGGAAACCGGAGAACCACCCACCACCUCCACCAUGGACAUUCCCAUGAACAGCGCGGCACUGCUGAGCGUAGCUCGCAGUAGGUACCCGGUCGUGAUGCUAAAGAAGUACCGCUCGCUCGAGGACGUCCGGGUGGACAAUUCGCUCGAAGGCUCGCAGCCAUCGCACGAAAUGGAAUUCGUUUCUAGUCGCAUCCAGCAGCUAAAGGUUCAGGAAUAGAAAGUUACCGAUUGGACUGUACACGAAGCACCGACGAUGCAUGUGCUCUUAAGGCAACACGAAUGACCCCAAAUCUCUUACGACACGCGUCAGGAUCAGCUGAAAGUUGAACGUGCCACCGGUGAAUGUCGUCACCAAAACUAUUGUACUAUAAUCCGAAGCCACUACCGGCUCUUAAUAGGCGUUUUUACACCUAUACUAUGUAAAUGUGUUCCGUUUCCGUAAUGCGCUAAGUUGCAGUAUUUGGUAGUGUGACUGUGACAAUUUAAUUUUAAUAUACAUACGAAACUUUGUACUACCGA